CCUGGGUGGGCAGCGGCUGCGGACUGUUCAGCCAGCGAAAUGGCUUGAUUUGCCAGUGUCCCGGGCUCCUUGAAGGGAUGCUUGGUACGCUGGAAAAGCUGAGUCCACAGGAUAUCGCCGCACUCGGAGUGGUGGCUGUUGCCCUUGUGGUGUGCCUAGUUUGUUUUCCUUGCUACUUGGCAUUCGUCGCAGCGACAGGGUGUGGCCCACCUCGAGUGCAAAGUGUUUGCUCAUAUAUCCUGCGCUUGGUAAAGAGGCGGUCCAAAUUUAAUUAUCACAAGAUUGAUCAGUAUAUCUACUUAGGAAGCCUACCUCGAACAAUGGAGGACCUUGAAGAGUUGAAAUCCAAGGGUGUGGGUGCAAUGGUCACAUUAAACGAGGCCUGGGAAAUGGAGCUUUCCAACCGCUUCGUGAGGGACGAUUGCGGCUUGGAGCAUUUGCAUCUCCCAACGCCCGACUUCUUUGCCCCCAAGCAGGAGGACAUCCAGGCUGCCGUGCGAUUCAUCACGGCAUUUGUCGACAAAGGCAUUGGUGUUUACGUGCACUGCAACGGUGGGAAGGGCCGGAGCGCUGUGUGUGUCAUUUGCUUUCUUGCCAGUUUUAAAGACAUGACACCAGAACUAGCCUAUGAUCAUGUGAUGUCUCGAAGACGUGUUGCGCCGAUGCGAGGAUCCUUGGGUCUACACAAGCAGUGGAGAGCCGUAAAGAGGUUCUGUCGCAGCUUCGGGAAGCGUCGCCGCGAAGCCCGGGAAGCCUUCACCAACUCCCCCAGCAACGCUGUGGCGACGCCCCGCCCCCCGGCCCCCCCUGCGCCGCGCGACGACGAGCGACACGUCGUGCGGAACGUGGAGCAGAGUGACGCGCAGGAUGCCAAUUGCAGUGAAGUGACGGCCAAGCCUGAAGACUUGGCGAAGAUGGUGGCGCCACAGACUGAGCCGCCCAGGCCUGAGCUGCCACAGAAGCUGCCCUCAGAUGGCGAGACCAUGGAAGGCCAAGAUCCGCAAUCGCCUGAGACUCAUGUAGCAAUCACUGCGCCGGAACUGCAGCUACCACAACUGGUGCACGAUGAUCCAGGUGAUGGUGAUGCGCACUAUGAUGAUGAAGAGAACCCGCCUGGAGACAGCGACUCUGAAGAGGAGCCACCGCUACUUGAGUGAUGCUGAGGCAGUGCCUACAGGCACUACCCGUGGCAUUUCUUUUUGUGGGUUCUCUGUGCCUUGUUUUGCUUCCACCAUGGCCCCCUUGGCGAUCUCAAGACACGACAGGAAACCAUGAAACUUGUGGCAUUUCUGGAGCUCGGGGCCCAUCGGAGCCUGGGUUUGAACGCCACGAGCUGUCAAUGACAUGACUCUUAGUGGCCAGAUAUUCCCAGCUCCUAUUGCGCCAUGCUGUGCGGUGUGGCCAAGCCAGCCGCAGCCAUUGGCGAUCCAUUUUAAGGGCCGAGGGUUGGAAGCUUGGGCCAAGCUGCUAGGCUGGGGUAUUGGAUGGAUCCCAAACACUUUGAGCGGACGUGCAAACACGUGAC